AUGAAUUCAGGCACUGUACAUACACCUCUCAGACCGGUUUCAUUACAAAACUUAAAUCCAGGUAAAUAUUGGACAAGUACAUCAAUUAGUGGAUGGGUAGAUUCAAUUUAUAAUCAGUCAGAGGUUUAUAUUAAAUAUGAAAGAGAGCUUAAAGAAGAAGAAUUAAAAGCACAAGCAGCAACAAACUCAGCUGGUGGUAGUAGUAAUGAACCAAUCGAUUUAGAUGGAAUGGAUAUAGCUAAUAAUAAUAAUAACAAUAACAAUAACAAUAAUAAUACUAAUAAUAACAACAAUAACAGCAACAAUAAUAACAGCAACAAUAACAACAGCAGCAGCAAUAGUAUGAAUAUGAAUAUCAAUAGUAUUAAUAUAAAUAGUAACAACAAUAUGCCAACUUCAUCCAAUACGAAAUAA